GGCUCAGAGGAGGAGGAGGAGGAGGAGGAGGAGGGUCGCUGCAGCGCCUCCGUCAGUCGUUUCGACAGUCGGCACCAUCAGUACCGGUCAGUCCGAUGAUGAGGAUGGUGAGGAUGAAGACGCUUCUUCAGCUCGGUGGUCUUGUGACUCCUCGCGGAGGCCGGGCUGUUGGUGUGGAGCCGGCUUUCAUUGCUCGGGAGGCCUGAGCAGAGCAUCAUGGGAGAUGGAGGCCCCCUUCAAACGGAGGGCAACGCCCUCCUCAAGGCCGUCUUCCAGGGAAAGCUUCGGCUCACCCGCCUGCUUCUAGAGGGCGGAGCUUACAUCAACGAGGGCAACGACCGCGGCGAGACCCCCGUGGCUGCCGCAUGCCUGGCGGGCUACGAUGACCCGCUGACCCGGCAGAGAAUGGUUCGGUACCUGCUGGAGAAAGGCGCUGAUCCCAACAUCCCCGACAAGGGCGGCCGCACGGCGCUGAUGCACGCCUGCGCGGAGCGGGCAGGGAAAGAAGUGGUGACGCUGCUGCUGGAGAACGGAGCGGACCCCAGCCUGAAGGACUACGCCGGGUCCUCCGCCCUGGUUCACGCCAUCAACCGGGGGGACCGCGACACCCUGCAGGCGCUGCUGGACGCUUGCAAGGCCAAAGGCAAGGAGGUAAUCAUCAUCACUACCGACACCUCGCCCUCCGGCACAAAGAAGACCAAGCAGUACCUCAACGCACCCCCCUCGCCCUGCAUCGUGGAGAAGUCCCCCCCGGCCUGCAUGUCGCCCUCCGAGGUGGAGAUCGGCACUACCUCACCGGCGGAGGGGGAGGAGGGCGUCUUCAGCUUCGCACUGGCCUCGGCGCUGCCGCUGCCAUCGGCUCGCCCUCCGGGAGAGAAGAGGCCGCCGCGCAAGCUGCUGAAGAGGCUGAACUCGGAGCCGUGGGGCCUGGUGGCGCCCUCGGCGCUGGUCGGGGCUCCUCCGGAGCGGGACGAGGAGGGGAGGCAUGACUUGGACAGGACCAUCGCCGAGUUCAACGGCCUCUCCGUCACCGAGCAGUCGAGGCCCCUGUUGUCGCGGCGACACAGCAUUGAGACCCAUGACCCCUGCUCCCCCAAGCUCAUGGACCGGUCCUGCUCCGAGGACUACGGCGCCCUCUCCGGUUCCUCCUGGGCCGACAAAGUCCAGCAGCACCAGAUCCUGUACCGCAGGAACACGGCGCCGGAGUCCCAGGAGAACGCCGGGGGGGCGGCCGCGGCGGCCCGCGCCCUGGCCCACCCCAAACUAACCCGGAUGGAGCACUACGAAUCGGACACUCACCUUUGCCCCGAGUCCGGUCCAGGGUCCCCAGACUCUGGUCGGGUCUCGGUGGAGCGGCGGCGGUACAACGCCUCCCCGCUUUCCCUGGUGCCCAGCUCCUCCAGGGAGUCCCUGGAGAACAUCCCUUGCUCCGUGUCGCCUAUUGCCCUGCGCCGCCGUCCACCGGGGCUGCUGGAGCGCCGGGGAUCCGGGACUCUCCUCCUGGACCACAUCUCGCACACCAGACCCGGCUUCUUGCCGCCGCUCAACGUCAACCCCCACAGGCCCAUCCCUGAUAUCCGGGCCAACGGCAGGCCCGGCGGCUCGCCUGUCCACGCCGGGCUCAAGCUGCUGGUCCCCGUGGCCCCCGCCUCACCCAAACGGGGCCCAGAUUUCAAGACCAAGAAGAAGCUGACCAGGAGGCACUCCAUGCAGACCGAGCAGAUGAAGCAGCUCUCCACCUUCCGGGAGAUCCUGGCAGAGAAGGUCGCCGAGGCCCAUCGGGAUUGAUGUCGGAGCGAAGCAUGAUAGGUAGCCUCGGAGACAUUUUAGAGUGGUGACGUACCGCGUCAUUUAAACCAUGACCUCUGAGCAAUCAACAAAAACACCUAAAAGAAUAAAUGUAGAAGUUCUGCCUCAUGUUUUAUCCCCUAAAGAAGAAUGUUUUAACACCACUGGACUCAACAAGGACUAGUUAAUCUCUAAACUAGAACUGUCACGCCUCAACACAAACAUCUCUGACUGGAUCUUAAAUGUUUGACAGUUUCAGAGGAGAAUAAAACAUAUUUCCUGCUAACCACAGAAAACCUUAUAUUUAAGAACCUUCAUUACAAUCACGACAGAGAUCCAUUUCUACAGAGGCACAAUUUGCACUGAAGUCCAUUUGACUCUAAUCAGCUGGUGUCCUGAUUGAAGAACGUGAUGACGUGUGAAACUACGUAAGCAUUGACACCAUCUACUUGUUUCAGUGUAAAUGAUGCAGAGUUCCUUUGACUUGAGUGUUUUUACAUUUUUGAAACAUCCCCCGACCAAGGUUAUGACCUUUAACUGUUCAGAGGCGAACUUUGGUUUUAUUGUGUUUCCAGAAGUUGUGCAGACGAUAUGAGCCCAAACUUUGUUGAGAGUGUACAUACUAUAAAGAAGCGUUUGUACUGUAAUGUCAAGGUUUAAGCACUUUGCCUGGUCGCCCUUUAGCGUAGGAACCGGACCAGGUUCCUCCUCUGUGGGUCCAGGACGGACAACACAAAGCAUAAAGAAUUCCAGAUACUAAAUACCAGAGCGGGAACAUUUCAAUUGCUCCUAUAUGGCUCUCAACAUGUCGACAGCUGACAGCGCUAACUGCUAACGUGUCAGCUCUUUCAGUCAUGAUCAUUAUAAUGAUCAUAAUCUCAAAUGAAAGAGUUAAUAAAGUUCUAUGUUAGCUUAACGCUAGGCUAGCUCUGCCGCUUAGAGUGGAGAGUUCAAGCAGCGCAACCUCCUCCAUGUUGGAGUCUGCACCCAAUCGGAGGUCAGCGCUGCGUCUUAUUGGUUGACAAUAUGUUCCGAUUGACUGAUAAAUCACUACUAAUCUAAUAUUUAUAAUAUUUAUUUAUAAUUCAAUUAGGUUUGCUGGGAUGUUUUAAUGAACUCUGCCUCGCCGACUGAUUAAUGCUAACCAUUUACACACAACGGAAUGUCUGUUUCUACAGCGUUCCUUAUGUUUCACAAUUCAUUUCAUUAUCUCGGAUAAGCUGGGCCAGAGGUUCAAUACUAAUUGCAAAUAAAUCCAAUAAACAACUGCAACAUGAACCGUAGAGCUGAUGAAACUAAGCUAGCUGCUUAUAACAGCUAAAAUCAUAGACUAUGCACUUUCCUGCAUUUAGCUUGUUAGCUAGCAGAGUGCUACCAUGCAGGUGCCUCCACAAUUACUUUCAUUCAGAGGCUCAAAACUAUGAUUAUAAAUAUUUCAGAUUCUUGUUAAAUCAAAAGGCACUAAUUAUCUUUUCAAAGCUAAAAAGAAAGUUAGCAGCUAAUCCAGCUAAAUGAAUGAAUUGUUUGAAUGAUUUUCUUUUCCUUUACCCUGGCUUCCAUUGGUGAUUUUUUUGCUUAGCUAGGAUAACGGUCUCCCACUAAGCUAGGUGGAGAGUCCACUGGUUCUCGUCUUUGUGCUAAGCUAGCUAAAGCUGUACUGGACACACAGAGGAAAACAUCUAUUGACAAUGUCUAAAAAACGUUAACUGGAUUCGGUCUGAUGCGGUUUAACCGGGACUGAUGAAGGUUAUUUUGGUAUUAACCAGACUCAAACUGGUCCGAAGUGGAUUGAACCUGAUGAACCCGGAAAGGACCAUCUAAACUAAAGGAAACUUAUGAAAACCUGUUCUUCUUCCUUUGCUCUGAUUGUAACUCAAACUGUGGAAUAAAAACGUUGCUUUAUGACCAACA